AUGAUUUUAUUUAAUAAGGCCUAUCAUCAAUUCUAUCAUAAAUGGGCCUUGUUAACGGAUCCCGAAGAUUUCUAUAGUGGCCCUAAAGGUUAUUUAAAAUGUGAUAUUGGUAUCAUUGGCAAAGGUGAUACUGUUAAAGUGCCACAGAAAUCCGAAAAAGAUCCAGAUGACAUCGAAGCAAAUCUUUUAUUACCGGAUGGUGUACCCAUAGAAAGACAACGAGCUAAAUUUAUAGUAAAAAUCUAUAGAGCUGAUGGUUUGCCUAGAAUGAAUUCUUCCAUAAUGGCUAAUGUUAAAAAAGCUCUAACAGGAGAAUCUAAAGAUUUAGUAAGUCCCUAUGUACAAGUAUCAUUUGCGGGUCUUAGCGGCAAAACAACAGUAAAGAAAAACGCCUAUGCUCCUGUGUGGAAUGAACAAUUAGUAUUCACCGAAAUGUUUCCACCAUUAUGUCAAAGAAUCAAGAUUCAACUUAGAGAUGCAGAUCCUAUGAAACCUUCUAUUAUCGGUACACAUUAUAUAGAUUUAAAGCAAAUCUCCAAUGAUGGUGAAAAAGGUUUCUUACCCACCUUCGGUCCCUCUUUCAUACACCUGUAUGGUUCUACACGUGACUACAGUCUCUUAGAUCAACAUUCCAAUUUGAAUACCGGUCUAGGAGAAGGUGUCAGCUACAGAGCCCGUCUACUUAUAGCCAUACGCACCGAAAUCACCGAUAACAUCGAAAUAACCACCGAGAAAAAUGUCGAACUUGAACCCACCCAACUUAUAUCCGAAUCCUCCUAUUCACGCAAUGAAGAAUUCUUUUUAUUUGGCUCUAUUGUCGAGGCCUCUAUGAUCGACAAGAAAAUCAGUGAUAAAACCGUUUUCUUUGAACUGAGUAUGGGCAAUGCUGGCAAUUCCCUGGAUGGGCAUAAUGAAAGUUUUGCUACUGCUUUGGAUGAUGGUGAAGAUGGUUGUGUAUUAGAGACAGUGGAUACAACAUCGUUUAGUAGCACAACUAAUGCUUGCAAACCCAUAUCACAUGAUAAGAAUCAUUAUUAUUUGCCAUAUUGGGAUUAUAAGCCGUGUAUGGAUGUAAGAUGUACUUUGCCGGAUUUAAGGAGACGCAUGUAUAACAGUAAUAUGUUAUCGAAAAUGGCAGAGAAAUUUGAGGAUGGCAUCAAUGAAACAAAACGUCUAAUAGAGGAUGAAGAUCCUAAAGCUGAGGUACGUCUACGAUCUAUUCUAGAGGAUUUAGCAUCGGCCUGUCUGCGCUAUCAAACAAUAACAAAAACAAACUCUAUGAGUGCUGGUAGUGGUAAAACUAAAUUGGAUAAAGAGCGCAUGAAGUUGUGUCUAAGAGAAAUAGAAAGUUUAGGAAAUUUAGCACGCAAUCUAAGAGCACUAGUGACACGCAGCUCUCUUAAUGAACGUUUUAAACAGGCGCAAAGUUAUAUGCAGAAACUGAAAUUCCUAAUAGAUGAUCCCCAACAUUCUCUACCCGAUAUAUUCCUAUGGAUGAUAGCGAAUGGUAAACGUUAUGCUUAUCAUCGUAUGUCGGCCCGCGACUUAAUUUAUUCGCUUACCGAUGAAGAGUGUGGCAUACAUUGUGGCAAGGUACAAACGAUAUUCCUACGUUUACCGGGUAAACAAUCAACAGGACCAGCAAGUUGGUUUAUACAAGCCAAACUUUCCAUUUAUCUAUGGUUGGGAGUGGUUAAUCAUAAGGGUCAUUUCUUUGAUGGUCUACCCAUAGGUUAUGAUUUAUCACAUGAGCUGAGAAAUGCUGAGCGGCCUGGGGCUAUGGCACCCAAUAAUAUCCACUAUUUAGAGAAAUCUACUUUUCAACUAAGAGCUCAUAUUUAUCAAGCCCGUUCUUUAAUCGGUUCUGAUGCUUCCGGUCUAAGUGAUCCCUAUGCUACGGUUUAUAUAACAGAAUUUGCUAAAACUACACAAGUCAUUGAAGAAACUUUAAGUCCCACUUGGGAUGAACUCUUGGUGUUUGAUGAAAUUUUAGUUUAUGGCACUAAAGAUGAAAUCAAGAAAAAUCCUCCCACUAUUAUUAUAGAAAUUUACGAUCAAGAUAAGGUGGGCAAGUCUGAGUUUAUAGGAAGAGCCAUUGCCCAACCUCGCGUUAAACUAAGAGAGAAUGCCUAUGUAACACCCACCUUGGAAUGGUUUGAUAUUGUUCGAGGACCAGAUAAUGCUGGAGAAUUAUUGGCUGCUUUUGAAAUGUUGGAACUGGGUUCCACCGAUAUGCCUCGCUUAACAGAACCUAAAAAUGUUUUGGCCGAAGUGAAAAAGGAACGUAAUAAUAUACCCCAACAGAAUACCAUAUUUCCAGUGCCCAAAGAAGUUCGUCCAAAUCUGGCUAAAUUUCGUUUGGAAGUACUCUUCUGGGGCUUAAGAGAUCUUAAAAGAGUACAUCUUAUGUCAGUCGACAAACCCCGCAUAGACGUGGAAUGUUCAGGCAAAAUUUUAAGUUCGAAUAUUAUACAGAAUGCCAAGAAGAAUCCUAACUUCCCAAAUAUGUUAAAAUCAAUUGAAUUGGAGUUGCCCUUAGAAGAAAUGUAUGCUCCACCCAUAACUAUAAGAUGUGUAGAUUGCCGUUCUUUUGGCCGCUAUACAUUAGUGGGAACUCAUCAAAUAACUUCCAUUCAUCGUUAUCUGUAUAAACCACCUCCUAAAGAGGAUAUAACGAAGUAUAAGACAAUUGGUGGUCAAAUUAUUUUAUCGGCUCCUUUUAAUGAGGAAAGUCUUCAUAAUCUUGUAGAUGGAUAUGGUAUGCAGCCAAUGUUGGAUUCUCUGCAACAAGCCAGCAUGAAGGAUUUCUAUGGUAAUCGCCGGUCGUCAUGUGAUCAAUUUACUUUGUAUGGUGCGGCAUGUGUUACUAAAAUGGUGAAAAAGCAAAAUUCCAAAAAGAAAACCUCUCGACGAGGCAGCAACAAAGAAAAUAAUCUCAUGCAAGAACAAGAUUCAGACGAUGAAUUAAGUCGUGAUUGGUGGACGAAAUACUUCUGGUCCUAUGAACGGCUAAUAGACAAUGCCAAAGCCGAAAAAGCUCUCAAUCACACUGAAAAAUAUUUAACACCGCCGCCAUCACAAGUUUCACAAAAUUCCAAUAAACUAGGAGCAAAAGGUGCUAAAUUAGUACAAAAAUUAAGUCCCAAAGCUAUGACUGGCAUUGGGCGCAAUAAGCCCGAUUUUAAUAGUACGACGAAUAUAACUAAAACAAAACCCCUUAAUAGUACAACAGCAUUAUGUCAGAUCUAUCCCAACGAAUUGGAGUCGCAACCGGAAUUCAACAAUUUCCGUGAAUGGCUACAGUCGUUUGCUUUAUAUAGAGGCAAGAAAACAGGAGAUUCCACAGAGGAUGAAAAUCGCACAGUGGGUUUUUUCAAAGGGACCAUUAAGGUAUAUCGUCUGCCGCCACCCAAGGGUGUAGACUAUCCUAUACCAAAUUUGCCAGCAAAUGAACCCAUACAUGUGCUAGUGAGGGUCUAUAUAGUUAAGGCCACCGAUUUGCAUCCCAUGGAUCUGAAUGGCAAAGCAGAUCCUUAUGUUGUUCUACAUUUGGGUAGUAAACGUAUUUCGGAUAAGGAUAACUAUGUUAGUAAACAGCUGAAUCCGGUGUUUGGUAAAUGUUUCGAAAUAGAGGUCACCUUUCCUCAAGAUUCCAUGUUGACCGUGCAGAUAUUUGAUUGGGAUUUAGUUGGCUCGGAUGAUUUGAUAGGCGAAACACGCAUAGAUUUAGAAAAUCGUUUCUAUAGCAGACAUCGAGCCACUUGUGGUUUGGCCUUAAGAUAUGAAGAUUGCGGUUACAACCAAUGGCGUGAUCCCAUGAAACCAACGCAAAUAUUAUCGAAAUUAUGUAAAGAAAAUAAAUUGGAUACACCACAUUAUUUUCAAGAUCGCGUGGCUAUUGGCAAGUACUGUAUGACUUUCUCCGAUGAGGAGGUUAUAGCCUGGAAUGGUCCCAGUACUUGCCGUAACCGCGAUGAACAUUUAGCAUUAGCUUGCUUACAUCGUUGGAGUGAAAUACCCGGUGUGGGUUGUAAGAUUGUUCCCGAGCAUAUAGAAAGUCGACCGCUCUACAAUCCCGAUAAACCAGGAAUAGAACAAGGUAAAAUAGAAAUGUGGGUGGAUAUGUUUCCCAUGGAUAUGCCGCUACCGGGACCAGCUGUGGAUAUAUCACCGCGCAAACCCAAAGCCUACGAAUUGCGCAUUAUUAUAUGGAAUACAGAUGAUGUGGUUCUAGAAGAUGAUGCUUUCUUUACAGGAGAAAAAAUGUCCGAUAUUUAUGUUAAAGGAUGGCUUAAGGGUCCUCAAGAUUGUCAAUCAACCGAUAUCCAUUAUCGCUCUUUAACCGGUGAGGGCAAUUUCAAUUGGCGCUUUAUUUAUCCCUUUGAAUAUUUGGCGGCUGAGGAGAGAAUUGUGCUCUCACGCAGAGAAUCCUUGUUUAGUUGGGAUGAAACUGAGGUGAAAAUUCCCGCCAGAUUAGAGCUGCAAGUUUGGGAUGCUGAUCAUUUUUCAGCAGAUGACUUUUUGGGUGCCAUUUCCUUCGAUUUGAAUCGUUUUCCACGCGGUGCUAAAUCUUCCAAAUUAUGUACAUUGGAUAUGCUGAAAACCGAUAAUGUUCCCACUGUCAAUAUUUUCAAACAAAAACGUGUCCGUGGUUGGUGGCCCUUCUAUAUUAAGAAACAAAAUGAAGAAAUGGAGUUGACGGGCAAAGUCGAAGCUGAAUUUCAUUUACUUACUAAAGAGGAAGCCGAACAAAAUCCUGCCGGUCAUGGACGCAAUGAACCCGAUCCAUUAGAGAAACCAAACACUUGGUUUGUCAUGGUAUAA